CGAAUUGGCUUCUCCUGCGUGGGGCCGCAAUUGCCUGAACUAGGCCUAGGCACUUGAUAAGUGCCACUGGCUGGCACUGGCGAGUAGUGGUCGCUAAUCGCUUGAGCAAACCGCAUCCGUACCGGUCAGCGAUGACAGUCUGGACACUUUGGCUCCUCCUGAUCGGUGUUACCGUUGGCGCCUUUGGGGCUGGCACCCGAACAACGGCCAAAAGUUCAGCCCAACUGUUCCACUACGAAUGCAACCGACUACAGGAAAGUGAUCAGUCGUGGCACUGCUGGGCCGAAGGGUACAGACCAGUGGCGGCCAAUGCCCAAAAGUUCCACGAAUCGGCCAAUGCGACCGAAGCCGACAUACGGCGUAUCUUACGGUUUAACCAAACCAACACCGUGCUGUUCAUGGUAAACAGUAACUCGGACAAUCAGAAUCUUCGCACCGAGUUCAGCCUGCGGCCGAACAACAUCGUCCGCCUAGCGCUGGACAACGUUGGACUCGAGACGCUGCAGAUUGGUCCAUUCGUUGGCGGUGAGAAUGAUUGCCGUUUGGGGGACCUUUCUGUGCCCCGGAAUCGCCUCCGCGAGCUACCCCCGGGUGUCGAGCGGUUGACGGUACUCCGGAAGCUCGACAUGAAACACAACCUGCUGCAGCACUUUCGGCUCGAUCGCCUCGCAAAGGCCACCUCUUUACGGCGCUUGUUAUUGGGUCACAAUCGAUUGGAAAGUUUCACCACGGACGGGGACGUUUCGUUCGAUUCGCUCCAGGAGCUCGACCUAUCAAAUAAUCGCCUUACGACGCUAGACUCCUCCGGGUGGAACAUGCCAGCGCUGGCUACGUUCCAUGUGGACCAUAAUCGCGCCCUAGCCUCGAUUGGAGGCUGGUCGAAACGACGGUUCCCGCUGGUGAAGGGUUUCGAUCCGACCGGUACGAACAAUUGGAACCAAACCUGGCUCUCGACGGUUCAAUAGCGGUUAAGGACGGAAGUGGCUCACAGAAUCAACCAUGACAGAUAUUAGGGAAAGGUCUUUCUCAAGGGUUAGGUAAUGUAACUCAUUAACUGUCUCAACCUAGAAGGCAGCACAAUAAAUCUUAAAUGAUCCAAUACUCGCUGUCAAUAUUGGACUCGGAUAUAAAAUAGUUUGCAGUACUCGUCAAGGUUGUUUGAACAAUUCCUCAUCGAUUAAACAAUUCUACUCCCUGGUCCGUAAUCACCGAUCCUUGGCCCGAUUCUUUUUAUGUACGCUCCCCGGUC